CCCACGGAGCCUAUGGUCAUGGCGGCCCUGGUGGCAGGAAUAUCCAAGCAGCGUGGGGCUGCUGAGGGUCUUGGCUCCAACCAGAAAGCUGUGAAAUACUUGGGCCAGGACUUUGAGACUCUGAGGCGACAGUGCUUAGAAUCAGGAGUCCUAUUUAAGGACCCAGAGUUCCCAGCAUGUCCAUCAGCUUUGGGCUACAAGGAUCUUGGACCAGGCUCCCUGCAAACUCAAGGCAUCAUUUGGAAGCGACCCACGGAAUUAUGUCCCGAUCCUCAGUUUAUCGUCGGUGGAGCCACACGUACAGACAUUCGUCAGGGUGGUCUGGGUGAUUGCUGGUUGCUGGCAGCCAUUGCAUCCCUCACCUUGAAUGAAAAACUGCUUUACCGGGUGGUCCCCAGGGACCAGAACUUCCAGAAAAACUAUGCAGGCAUCUUUCAUUUUCAGUUCUGGCAGUAUGGAGAGUGGGUUGAGGUGGUGAUUGACGACAGGCUGCCCACCAAGAACGGGCAGCUGCUCUUCCUACACUCUGAAGACGGCAACGAAUUCUGGAGUGCACUUCUGGAGAAGGCCUAUGCCAAGCUCAAUGGUUCUUAUGAGGCUCUUGCUGGAGGGUCCACCAUGGAGGGGUUUGAGGAUUUCACGGGCGGUAUCUCUGAGUUUUAUGACCUGAAGAAGCCACCAGCCAAUCUUUAUCAUAUCAUCCGAAAAGCCCUCCGUGCAGGAUCUCUACUGGGUUGCUCCAUUGAUGUCUCCAAUGCAGCCGAAGCAGAAGCCAUCACCAGCCAGAAGCUGGUUAAGAGUCACGCAUACUCUGUUACUGGAGUCGAAGAGGUGGAUUUCCGUGGCUGCCCAGAGAAGUUGAUCAGACUCAGGAAUCCAUGGGGUGAGGUGGAGUGGACAGGAGCCUGGAGCGAUGAUGCACCUGAGUGGAACUACAUAGAUCCCAGGCAGAAGGUAUUGCUGGACAGAAAAGCUGAGGAUGGCGAGUUCUGGAUGUCAUUUUCAGAUUUCUUGAAGCAGUUCUCCCGCCUGGAAAUCUGCAACCUUUCCCCAGACUCUCUGAGCAGUGAGGAGGUGCACAAAUGGAACCUGGUGCUGUUCAAUGGCCGCUGGACCCGGGGUUCCACUGCUGGUGGCUGCCAGAACUAUCCAGCCACUUACUGGACCAAUCCACAGUUCAAAAUCCAUUUGGACGAGGCAGAUGAGGACCAGGAGGAGGGAGUUGGUGAACCCUGCUGUAUGGUGCUGUUGGGUCUGAUGCAGAAAAAUCGCAGGCGACAGAAGAAGAUAGGACAGGGCAUGCUUAGCAUCGGCUAUGCCAUCUACCAGGUCCCCAAGGAGCUGGAGAAUCACACAGAUGUGCACCUGGGCAGGGACUUCUUCCUUGGUCACCAACCCUCCGUUCACUCCAGUACCUAUGUCAACCUGCGGGAGGUGUCUGGCCGUGCUCGGCUGCCCCCUGGGGAGUACCUGGUGGUGCCCUCUACCUUUGAGCCCUUCAAGGAUGGCGACUUCUGCUUGAGGGUGUUCUCUGAGAAGAAGGCCAAGGCCCUGGAAAUUGGGGAUGUUGUAGCUGGAAACCCCCACGAGCCACACCCCAGUGAGCUGGAUAAAGAAGACAAGCAGUUCCAGAGCCUGUUUGAAGAGUUCGCAGGGAAGGAUUCUGAGAUCGGUGCCAAUAAGCUCAAGACAGCUCUGAAUGGGGUGUUUUCCAAACGAACAGACAUCAAAUUCAAUGGAUUCAACAUCAACACUUGCAGGGAAAUGAUCAGUUUGUUGGAUAGUCAUGGGACGGGCACCUUGGGCCUGGUGGAAUUCAAGACGCUGUGGCUGAAGAUCUGGAAGUAUCUGGAGAUCUAUCGGGAAAUGGAUUAUAACCACUCAGGGACCAUCGAUGCCCAUGAGAUGAGGACAGCACUCAAGAAAGCAGGUUUCACCCUCAACAACCAAGUGCAGCAGACCAUUGCCAUGCGGUAUGCGUGCAGCAAGCUUGGCAUCAACUUUGAUGGCUUCAUAGCUUGUAUGAUCCGCCUGGAGACCCUUUUCAAAUUAUUCAGGCUUCUGGACAAGGACCAGAAUGGCAUUGUCCAGCUCUCUCUGGCUGAGUGGCUGUGCUGCGUGCUGGUCUGACCCCAGUUCUUUGGACGUUGAUGACACACCUCAUCUCCCCGCUUACCUCUUUUCUCCCUUUCUUUACAAUCUUGUGAUUAUCCUCAAGUGGCAUUCAAAUUCAUAUUGUUCUAGCCUAUCCUCGUUCCUUGAAGUGCCGGUUUUUCCUACCAGAGCAGGCUGAGGGGCCCUGGAUCUCAUUCCACAGCUUGGAACCCUCAGCUUCUUAAGCUGAUCCCAGGUCCCAGUGGAGGGGAAGCAAUCAAUUA